AUGUCCAACCCGCCCUCAUCCCAGACCCGCGAGCACGCGCCGCCCACCACGGUGAACGUGCUCAACACCCGACGUAGCUUCACCCUCCCUGCGCGUGCAAACAGGCCUCCCCCGGUGGCGCCUUCUGCAAGCAGUGGUGAUGGCAUCGAGACGCUCUUCAUUUGCAACGCCUCCAAGAUUGUAUCCUUCACAGCAACGCGCCCCUUGCGCCGACCCUCGCCGUCGCGCUCAGCCAAGGCUGCCGCAAGCGAUGCAGUACAGCCUGCAGCAUGGACGACGCCGACGGAACGUACUCUGGCAGUGGGUGUCCUGCGCAUAUAUCGCGUGACAGCCUCCAACGUCUCCUUCCUCAACUCUGGCAACCUCUUGCACACCAUCUUCCCCCGCUCACAAUGCUGGUGCGUGGACGGGCAGUCCAUCUUCGUUCUGCGGAUACGCCAAGACUCGUACUACCGCAUCGAACUCCCCUUUGAGUCCGAUCAAGACAAAGAGAAGACUGCGCAGUUCAAGACAGUGCUCGCACAGGUGCUGCAGUACGAGAAGACGCAGUGCCCGUUUGCAAGAGGCUUUGAGGUGGACGUGCCCGAACGCCCAAAGACACCGCCGCGCAAGACGCUCCGGAGGAAACCUUCCCAGCAAGCCAAAAAGUGGAUGUUUGACAAGACCUGGGUGCCAGAGACAGGUUCUCGACCGUCGACGCCGAAUAUGGCAGGUUCAGAUUGCGGUACCGCUUCUUCAUAUGACGAUGACGACCGGUCAAGUAUUCAUACCGAUACCAGUGAGGUGGUUACCGACUGCAGGUCAACACUAUCGGACAUUGCGCCUUACAAGCCGAAUUUGCGCAGACCAUCGGUAGCAGAACGAGCAAGUGUCUUCCAAGGAUUUCGGGCUCGCUCUCGAUCGGUAACAGCACCUGUGAAAAGUGAAGAAAGUGGCUCAAUAGCAUCCUUGGGGCGCAUACCUGAGUCGCCAAGAGUUAUUCAAGCCAGCGAAGCCGAGAAACCUAUCCUUGAGCGUCAAGUCUCGGAAGCCGCCAGCUUGGUAUCGAGCACUGGUUCUUUCUACUCGGUGGGCGACGCCAGCGAUCGUAACCCUCCGACCCCAUUCUGGGAUGCUGAGGCUGAGCUUCUGAACCCUUGGAUGGAAAGCAUGUCAAAACCUCAAGAUGAGCUUCGCGGACGCUCGACGCACCGCCGGCAGGUUUCCGAAAUCACAGUGCGGGCACAGUCAGCUUUUGGAAGCAUUCCAUCUGCCCCAGUGACACCCACAGCUGCCCACCACACGUCGGCCAAAUCUACAAAUGGGGCCCACCCUUGUUCAGCUCCGUCGACACCUCCGCUUGUCAGCGACUCGGACGACGACAGCGUUGAACUGCCAGCACUAGACGCCCCCACACCUCCAAACGCGAUUCGCAUGAAGAGACUUACCGGGGCUUCUCAACGGCGAGCCUUUUCACCUAUGCCACAGGCACAGAACCUGUUCCGCCCGCCGCAGCGCAACGUGGGAAAGAACUUUACGAGCACGUUGGUGCGUAAAACGUGCGAACUCAUGCUUGGGCCUCCAUCCCACUUGGUCUCCAUUAUGUUGCGCAUCGCUGCGAGCAUCUCGAAUGGCUUUGGCUUCAGCACCUAUCGCGUUCGGCCGGCGGAGAAAAUCCCCUGCUCCUGGGAGUCUGACGAUGACGCUGACUGGCAAGAGGAAGAUGACUUUGGGAUCCCCCUUGGCACUGUCGGCAAUCCCGCUAUACGCAGACAGACGUUUUCUGCUGGGGAAGUUGAUUGA